AUGCCAAAUGUUGAUUCUCCACUUCUAGAGAAAUGGCAAUGUGUUGAUAGCAUGGUUUUAUCUUGGAUUUUGAACACUAUUUCUAAAGAUAUUAUUGAUGCAUUUUUAUAUGUGACUUUUGUGCAAGAAUUAUGGAAUGAGCUUAAGCAACGCUUUGGUGGAAGCAAUGGACCAAUGCUUUAUCAAAUCAAAUGGGAGAUAAAUUCUUUCAGUCAAGCAAACUUACCUCUGAUGGUUUAUUUCACGAAAGUGAAUAAACUCAGGGAUGAACUUUCUUGCCUAAGGAAAUUUCCCGUGUGUACAUGCAGUGUGGCAAAAGUAGUGGCAGAUAUUGAAGAAGAAGACAAAUUGAUCCAAUUUCUAAUGGGCCUUAAUGACAAUUACGAGCAUGUUCGUAGUCAAAUCUUAUUGCAUGAUCCUUUACCAGUGGUGAACAAAGCUUAUUCUAUGAUUCUCAGUGUUGAAAAGCAACGUGAAGUGCUCUCUAUUUCUGAUUCAGUUGAUCAUGCCAGUGCAAUGUUGGUUAAAGAUGUCAAUGCUCCAAAGAAUCAGAACUUCACUACAAAUAGGAUACGUGAUUUUUUCAAGAAGGAAGAUAAGUUCUGCUUCCAUUGUAAGGCGCAAGGACAUGUUCGUGAAACUUGUUUUAAACUCCAUGGAUACCCAAAUUGGUAUAAGGAGUUGCAACAGAAAUGA